CGAGUGUGUGAGCAUGCUGGUCAUCCUGCUGAACUGUGUGACCCUGGGCAUGUACCAGCCUUGUGAUGACAUGGACUGCCUGUCGGACCGCUGCAAGAUCCUGCAGGUCUUUGAUGACUUUAUCUUCAUAUUCUUUGCCAUGGAGAUGGUGCUUAAGAUGGUGGCUCUGGGCAUUUUUGGCAAGAAGUGCUACCUUGGGGACACAUGGAACCGCCUGGAUUUCUUCAUUGUCAUGGCAGGGAUGGUUGAGUACUCCCUGGACCUUCAAAACAUCAACCUGUCGGCCAUCCGCACUGUGCGUGUCCUGAGGCCCCUCAAAGCCAUCAACCGUGUGCCCAGUAUGCGGAUUCUGGUGAACCUGCUCCUUGACACGCUGCCCAUGCUGGGGAACGUGCUGCUGCUCUGUUUCUUUGUCUUCUUCAUUUUUGGCAUCAUUGGUGUACAGCUCUGGGCUGGCCUGCUGAGGAACCGCUGCUUCCUGGAGGAGAACUUUACCAUACAAGGGGAUGUGGCCCUGCCCCCCUACUACCAGCCGGAGGAGGAUGAUGAGAUGCCCUUCAUCUGCUCUCUGUCGGGGGACAAUGGCAUCAUGGGCUGCCACGAGAUCCCUCCACUGAAGGAGCAGGGUCGAGAGUGCUGCCUGUCCAAGGACGAUGUCUAUGACUUUGGGGCAGGGCGGCAAGACCUCAAUGCCAGUGGCCUCUGUGUCAACUGGAACCGCUAUUACAAUGUGUGCCGCACGGGCAGUGCCAACCCGCACAAGGGCGCCAUCAACUUUGACAACAUUGGUUAUGCCUGGAUAGUUAUCUUCCAGGUGAUCACUCUCGAAGGCUGGGUGGAGAUCAUGUACUACGUGAUGGAUGCACACUCUUUCUACAACUUCAUCUACUUCAUCCUGCUCAUCAUAGUGGGCUCCUUCUUCAUGAUCAACCUGUGCCUCGUUGUCAUAGCGACCCAGUUCUCAGAGACCAAGCAGCGGGAGCACCGGCUGAUGCUAGAGCAGCGCCAACGCUACCUGUCUUCCAGCACAGUGGCCAGUUACGCUGAGCCGGGUGACUGCUAUGAAGAGAUCUUCCAAUACGUCUGCCACAUCCUACGAAAGGCCAAGCGCCGUGCCCUAGGUCUUUACCAGGCUCUGCAGAGCCGGCGCCAGGCCACAGGCCCAGGGGCACAAGCCCCUGCUAAGCCUGGGCCCCACACCAAGGAGCCCAGCCACUGCAAGUUGUGCCCACGACACAGUCCCCUGGACCCCACACCCCACACACGGGUACAGCCUAUCUCUGCUAUGUUGGCUUCUGACCCUGCCAGCUGCCCACAGUGCCAGCACAAGGCAGGCAGACGACCCUCGGGCCUGGGCAGCACCGACUCUGGCCAGGAGGGCUCAGGCUCUGGUGGCUCGGGAGAGGCUGAGGCCGAUGGGGAUGGACCCCGAAGCAGUGAGGAUGGGGCUUCCUCAGGCCUGGGGAAGGAGGAUGAGGAGGAGCAGGCCGAUGGGACAGCCCGCCUGUGUGGGGAUGUAUGGAGAGAGACACGAGCCAAGCUACGGGGCAUUGUGGACAGCAAGUAUUUCAACAGGGGAAUCAUGAUGGCCAUCCUGGUCAACACUGUCAGCAUGGGUAUCGAACACCAUGAACAGCCCGAGGAGCUGACCAACAUCCUGGAGAUCUGUAACGUGGUCUUCACCAGCAUGUUUGCCCUGGAGAUGAUCCUGAAGCUGGCUGCCUUCGGGCUCUUCGACUACCUGCGAAAUCCCUAUAACAUCUUCGACAGCAUCAUCGUCAUCAUCAGCAUCUGGGAGAUUGUGGGGCAGGCGGAUGGCGGCCUGUCGGUGCUGCGCACCUUUCGGUUGUUGAGGGUGCUGAAGCUGGUGCGCUUCAUGCCGGCGCUACGGCGCCAGCUCGUGGUGCUCAUGAAGACCAUGGACAACGUGGCCACCUUCUGCAUGCUGCUCAUGCUCUUCAUCUUCAUCUUCAGCAUCCUCGGGAUGCAUAUCUUCGGCUGCAAAUUCAGCCUCCGGACGGACACUGGAGACACAGUCCCAGACAGGAAGAACUUCGACUCCUUGCUAUGGGCCAUUGUUACUGUGUUCCAGAUUCUCACUCAGGAAGACUGGAAUGUUGUCCUCUACAAUGGCAUGGCCUCCACUUCCCCCUGGGCCUCCCUCUACUUUGUUGCUCUCAUGACCUUUGGCAACUAUGUUCUCUUCAACUUGCUGGUAGCCAUUUUGGUGGAGGGCUUCCAGGCAGAGGGUGAUGCUAAUCGCUCCUACUCCGACGAAGACCAGAGUUCAUCCAACAUGGAGGAAUUUGACAAGCUCCCGGAGGGUCUGGACAGCAGUGGAGAUCCCAAGCUCUGCCCAAUCCCCAUGACCCCCAAUGGACACUUGGACCCCAGCCUCCCACUGGGUGGACAUCUGGGUCCUGCUAGUGCCGUGGGCACUGCCCCCCGCCUCUCACUGCAGCCAGAUCAGGUGCUGGUGGCCCUGGACUCUCGCAAGAGCAGUGUCAUGUCACUGGGCAGGAUGAGUUAUGAUCAGCGUUCCCUGUCCAGCUCCAGGAGCUCCUACUAUGGGCCGUGGGGCCGCAGUGGGGCCUGGGCCAGCCGCCGCUCCAGCUGGAACAGCCUGAAGCACAAGCCUCCCUCUGCAGAGCACGAGUCCCUGCUCUCCGGGGAGCGCGGUGGCAGCGGCGGCAGGGCCUGCGAGGGCACCUGGGACGAGGGCCCGCCACGUGCCGCGCCCCUGCACGCCCCGCACGCCCACCACGCGCACCAUGGACCCCAUAUGGCGCAUCGUCACCGCCACCACCGCCGGACUCUGUCCCUGGACACCAGGGACUCGGUGGACCUUGCGGAGUUGGUGCCAGUGAUGGGCGCCCACUCUCGGGCCAGCUGGAAGGCGGCGGGUCCGGCUCCUGGCCACGAGGACUGCAAUGGCAGGAUGCCCAACAUCGCCAAGGACGUCUUCACCAAGAUGGAUGACCGCCGGGACCGCGGGGAGGACGAAGAGGAGAUCGAUUACACUCUGUGUUUCCGAGUCCGCAAGAUGAUCGAUGUCUACAAACCUGACUGGUGUGAGGUCCGUGAGGACUGGUCGGUCUACCUCUUCUCGCCUGAGAACAAGUUCCGGAUCCUGUGUCAGACCAUCAUUGCUCACAAGCUUUUUGACUACGUGGUCCUGGCCUUCAUCUUCCUCAACUGUAUCACCAUCGCCCUGGAGCGGCCGCAGAUUGAAGCCGGCAGCACUGAACGCAUCUUCCUCACGGUGUCCAACUACAUCUUCACAGCCAUCUUCGUGGGCGAGAUGACACUUAAGGUGGUCUCUCUGGGCCUGUACUUUGGCGAGCAGGCAUACUUGCGCAGCAGCUGGAAUGUACUGGAUGGCUUCCUAGUCUUUGUGUCCAUCAUCGACAUUGUGGUAUCUGUGGCCUCCGCUGGGGGAGCCAAGAUUCUGGGGGUCCUCCGGGUCCUGCGGCUUUUGCGCACCUUACGCCCUCUGAGGGUCAUCAGCCGGGCCCCUGGCUUAAAGCUGGUGGUGGAAACCCUCAUCUCUUCCCUCAAGCCCAUCGGCAACAUUGUACUCAUCUGUUGUGCCUUCUUCAUCAUCUUCGGCAUCCUGGGGGUGCAGCUCUUUAAAGGGAAAUUCUACCAUUGCCUGGGUGUGGACACUCGCAACAUUACCAACCGAUCUGACUGUGUGGCUGCCAACUACCGCUGGGUCCAUCACAAAUACAACUUCGACAACCUGGGUCAGGCUCUGAUGUCCCUCUUUGUCCUGGCCUCCAAGGAUGGCUGGGUGAAUAUCAUGUACAACGGAUUGGAUGCUGUUGCUGUGGACCAGCAGCCUGUGACCAACCACAACCCCUGGAUGCUGCUGUACUUCAUCUCCUUCCUGCUCAUCGUCAGCUUCUUCGUGCUCAACAUGUUCGUGGGUGUGGUCGUGGAGAACUUCCACAAGUGCCGGCAGCAUCAAGAAGCUGAGGAGGCUCGGAGGCGGGAGGAGAAGAGGCUGCGGCGCCUGGAGAAGAAGCGCCGUAAGGCCCAGCGGCUGCCCUACUAUGCUACCUACUGUCCCACAAGGUUGCUCAUCCACUCCAUGUGCACCAGCCACUACCUGGACAUCUUCAUCACCUUCAUCAUAUGCCUCAAUGUGGUCACCAUGUCUCUGGAGCACUAUAACCAGCCCACGUCCCUGGAAACAGCCCUCAAGUACUGUAACUACAUGUUCACCACGGUCUUUGUGUUGGAGGCUGUGCUGAAGCUGGUGGCAUUUGGCCUGAGGCGUUUCUUCAAGGACCGGUGGAACCAGCUGGACCUGGCCAUUGUGUUGCUCUCGGUCAUGGGCAUCACCCUGGAGGAGAUUGAAAUCAACGCUGCCCUGCCCAUCAAUCCCACCAUCAUCCGCAUCAUGCGUGUCCUGCGCAUCGCUCGGGUGCUGAAGCUGUUGAAGAUGGCCACAGGAAUGCGGGCCUUGCUGGACACGGUGGUGCAGGCUCUGCCGCAGGUGGGCAACCUGGGCCUCCUCUUCAUGUUGCUCUUCUUCAUUUACGCUGCCCUGGGGGUGGAGCUGUUCGGGAAGCUGAUCUGCAAUGAUGAUAACCCGUGCGAGGGCAUGAGCCGGCAUGCCACCUUUGAGAACUUCGGUAUGGCCUUCCUCACACUCUUCCAGGUCUCCACGGGUGACAACUGGAACGGGAUCAUGAAGGACACUCUGCGGGACUGCACCCAUGAUGAACGCAGCUGCCUCAGCAGCCUGCAGUUUGUGUCCCCGCUGUACUUCGUGAGCUUUGUGCUCACGGCUCAGUUUGUGCUCAUCAACGUGGUGGUGGCUGUGCUUAUGAAACACCUGGACGACAGCAACAAGGAGGCUCAGGAGGAUGCGGAGAUGGACGCCGAGAUUGAGCUGGAGAUGGCCCAUGGCCUGGGUCCUGGCCCCGGCUCUGGCCCCACCCCACGGCUGCCCACCAGCUCUCCAGGGGCCCCAGGCCGUGGGACAGGAGGGGCAGGUGUUGGGGGUGACACCGAGGGCCACUUGUGCCGGCACUGCUACUCUCCAGCCCAGGAGACCCUGUGGCUGGACAGCGUCUCUUUAAUCAUCAAGGAUUCCUUGGAGGGGGAGCUGACCAUCAUUGACAACCUGUCUGGCUCCAUCUUCCACCACUAUUCCUCACCUGCUGGCUGCGACAAAUGUCACCAUGACAAGCAAGAGGUACAGCUGGCUGAGACCGAGGCCUUCUCCUUGAACUCAGACAGGUCCUCGUCCAUCCUUCUGGGGGAUGACUUGAGUCUUGAGGACCCCACAGCCUGCCCACCUGUCCCCAAGGACAGCAAGAGUGAGCCAGAGCCUCCUGAACCCAUGCAGACAGGAGACCUAGAUGAAUGCUUCUGCCCCUUUGCCAAUGCGCCUAUCUCCGAGGGCCAAGAGAGCCUGCUGUGCGAUAUGGAGGCCAUCCCGUUCAACCCUGUCCAGUCCUGGCUGAAACAUGAGAGCAACCAAGCGCUUCCGAGCCCUUUCUCCCCAGAUGGCUCCAGCCCUCUCUUGCAAAUGCCUGCUGAGUUCUUCCAUCCUGCUGUGUCUGCCAACCAGAAAGGGCAGGAACCAGGCAUGGGCACUGGGACCUUGCCCAAGAUCGCACUGCAGGGCUCCUGGGCAUCCCUGAGGUCGCCAAGUGUCAACUGCACCCUCCUGCGUCAGGCCACUGUCAGUGACACAUCUCUGGAAGCCAGCCCCAGCAGCUCAGCAGGCAGCCUGCAGACCACAUUGGAAGACAGCCUGACACUCAGCGACAGUCCCCGGCGUGCUCUGGGUCCACCUAUCCCCACACCAGGACCACGUACCGGCCUGUCGCCUACCACCCGGCGCCGUGUCAGUCUGCGUGGCCGUGGCCUCUUCAGCCUGCGUGGGCUCCGGACCCACCAGCGCAGCCACAGCAGCGGCGGCUCCACUAGCCCCGGCUGCACCCACCAUGACUCCAUGGACCCCUCGGAUGAGGAGGGCCGCGGGGGCACAGUUGGUGGGGGUGCAGGCAGCGAGCACUCCGAGACCCUUAGCAGCCUGUCGCUCACCUCGCUCUUCUGCCCACCACCCACACUGCCACCACCCGGUCUCACACCUGUCAGGAAGUUCAGCAGCACCAGCAGUCUGGCAGCUGGCUCGAGCCGUCCAGGCACCACUGCCCCAGCCCGAGGCCUGGCCCGGAGUCCCUCCUGGGCCGUGGACCGUAGCAAGGACCCGCCACACCAGGCCCAGCCCACCCCAGGCUUGGGCCCCUCAGCACCAGAGCCUCAGCCUCCUCCCGGGGAGCUGGAGUCCACUGAUGCUGCCAGCAAGAGGAAGAGAUGAGGGGCCGCAGGGGCUGUGGGGGACUUGCUUCCCGCUGUCCACCUGCCUGCCCCAUCUCGCCUUCUUUUACCUCAGGAGCCAGGGAGCAGACAGCAAUACUUUGUCCACACCUGGGAGUGGCAUAGGGGCCAGUCAGCGCCAGGCCACUGAGCUGGUGAUUGAGGACAGCCUGGGUUAGCAGAGGCUCAGCUGUGGCCCCAGCCGUGGCCUGUUCAGCGUUUAUGCAGAUAUAUACAUAUAUAUAUAUAUAUAUAGACAGACAUAUAUUUAUUUUUUUUACUGAGAGCUUAUGACUUCCAGAAAGUGCUAAAGUUGAAGAUGCAGGCCGGGGCCCAGACAAGGGUCUUGUCUAUUGCUUAGGACACAGGCCUACCCAGUGCAGAUGCCUCUGUGGUAGUUUUAGAUGUCUCCCUGUGUUGGGAGCAGCUUGGGAGGAUGCUCAGGGCCCAGUUGACAGGCCCAGGAGGAGAGAGGCAAUUCAGGGUGCACUUUUUUCCCUUUAAUGAAGAGACGCUGCUAAGAUCCCCCCACCUCCACCCAUGUGUCAGGGUGUCUGUCUUGUCCCUUUGACUAUUUCAUUGUUGUGAAGUUGUUUGUAGACAUCCCUGCCACGCCAACUCUUUUAGUUAGAUGAAUAGAUGUUCUCUUUAGAAAAAUCAGGGGUGAGUAGUCAUAUUUCUUAGAGCAGGGCUGGGGGACAGGGCAUUUCUAGGCUGGGCAGGAGCUCAGGUGUCAGGUAAAAUCUAGACCUCUGUAAGCAGUUUUGGGGGGGUAGUUUUAUCCCCAGAAAUGCCCCAAACAGGAGUAAUCAAUGCAAGAGAAAGGACAGAUGAAGGGAUUGGUGAUGCCUUCUGGUCCACACAGAUGCCCCAGGCUUGGGCAAUUGGUUGCAUAGGAAUUUACUGUCUUUUAUCCCCGAUGCGGGCCUCAAACCGCAGCCAUUCCUGGAUAUUAUGGUCACCCUCUCUGAGCAACUCUGCCUCUGCCCAGGGGAGUUUGGGAUUUCAGAAAAUCCUUAGCCUCCUUGCUGGUCACAGGACACCCACAUCCUCUGGCUCUUCUGCCCACCCCCAGGUAUGUCUCACUGUCUCAAGCUGCAGGUCAGGUCUUUCUAUGGUAGUGCUUCCCAAAUGAGUCCAGGACGGGUGGUUUUUUUUUUUUUGAAUAGUUAUCCAUUUAUUUCAGUAUUUAUUAGAAAAAAAUAUAUACAAUGAUCUCACAGGCUCAUUGCUUAGGUCCAGGCUAAGCUCUAAAGAGUAGGUGAGUUUGGUGUCAGCUUUGAGAAGAAUAGGGGUAUGCUGGUAGUGAUGGUCUGCAGACAGGGCAGGAGUGUGGGGUGCUCACCUGGAUUGCCAUGAGCUGAGGGUCCUGCUGAGUGGGGAAGUUUGUUCCUGCUCCCAAGCUCUGACUUCACAGAAGUUGGUUUCUAGCCAGGCUGGCGAGCAGCAGCUGGGUUCACAGGCUCUGGGGUCUUCCCGGCUGGCACAGGGGCCCUGGGGGUCUGGGUAACAGUGAAGUGAGGAGGAAAAGAAUGACAUACAAAGUCUUCCUUAGAGCUGAGGUGUGAGAAAGGGUUGCUAGGCCCCACACAUGGGGAAACUGAGGCUCUGAAAAAGUGAAGCUGCUGUGUGGUAGCCCUCAGGGCCCUGGCAGCUAAGGGCCCAGGGCAUCCAGAAGGGCCCUGGCCUGAACACCCGGCAUGUGCACCUACCUCCAUGUCUGGAAGGAGGGUGACUUGGUGUGGAGCUGGCGUUGUUGUAGCCAGGGUGUUCUUUCAGCUUCACCCGGAUGGUCUCUGAUACCAUCCAGCACCCUCUAUCUUUUGGGUCCAGUAUCCGUCUAUCUAGCUCAGUCUGCAGGGUGGCCAUAUGUGUGUGCUGCUGUUCAUGGCCCACUUUCUCCUUGUCCCUGGGCUCUGAGGCUGGGCCAGGAUGAUGUGCAGGCAUCUGUACCUUUGUUCUGGACUGCGAUCCCAGAACAAGCAGACAAUGUUGAAGAAGGUAUUCUAGGCAAAUGGACAGGCUUGAGCAAAGGCCCUGGCUGGGCAUAGCAGGGUGUUCAGAGAGGAUGAUUAGCUGAGCCUAGAGGCAGAAAGGCUAUGCCCAGGGUGGGUUUCUCUAGGGCCCCAAAGGCCAAACCUGGGCCUUGUUCCUAUGGGUGUCUGGGGACAAGGGAAGUUGUGAGCUACUGGCCAGGAUGAGCUGCAAUGGGCAGGGAUUGGGCAGAUGGCCCCUCCUCAACCCUGUGGCCAGGGGCUGUGGCCUCAGCCCAUGCCUGUCCAUCACCAAAGCACAAACUUCCCCAAUCCACAUGGGCCUGGCUGUGGGGAGAAUGGGGACCCAGGUGCCAACACUCUAAAACUGUUUAUUUGCCAGGCUACGUGGUGUGGAGGCUGGCGGGCACCACGGCAUCUAUAGAGAAGGGUCUGGAACCACACAGAGCCAGCCCUGGCCUCAUCCUGUCCUCUGCUCUGCCUUUUCCCCAGGCUGCCCCUCAGAGGAAGACGAAACAUGCACAGUACUAGCUGGUCUGCCUAUUCCCCAACAUCUAUCCCUUCUGGAGCUCACUGCUCCCAAGCUCACCUCCAGCCCCCCUUUGCUGUGCUGUGUAAGGGCUUGGGGUCUUAGAUGCUGCUGUUUAGCCCAGACACACAUACUCUCUUUUUCUGUCUUUGUGCAAUAAUCAGUGUCCCUGGCAGAGUGAGGGCCAAACUGGGGUCUGGAGAGGAGGCACAGGCCACCUUGUCCAGGAGGUCCCCAGCCCAGCUCUGCCACUGUGACUCUAGCACUCCCUGGUCACUGUACAGUUUCUACUAUGUGAACGAACUUCCCUCCUAGUUGCUGAAGGCGCUGGACCCUGCUGGCCCAGAUGGCCCGGGCGUAGAGAAAACAAGCUGCACCGCCAGCCAGCAUUGUUUUGAAUAAAACCCCA